AUGGAUAGCGCCUCGGAUACGGCCGGUGAAGACGAUGGGCUGGCGGCAUCUUGGGAUGACUGGGUACAGGGGACAGACGACGAGGACGACGGAACUGCCAGGAGUCUCUUCAGCAACGAGCAGUUUCCUUCAGCCGAGGCUGCCAUUGAACACGACGCCCAGGAAUUUGGCUUUGACAUCGUUGAUUACGUUGCAAAGACGGGUCUCGACGAGUUCGGCGCCAUUAAACUGGUCAACUACCUCCGGUCCGAAGUGCAAGCGGGAAGGGAGCCACUGACCGCCGUGAAGGAGGCUGCCAAUUCCACUGACGAAAGACCAUGGAAUGAUGACUCUUAUCUCAUCCCAACAGUCCGGGAUGAUGCCCUGCUUCGCAUCGAUUAUCAAGCAAUGAUUCAGUCAAGAUGCAGCACUGACGAUGGCAAGGGCGCGACUAUGCGGGAGAUGAAAGGACGCCUUGAGGCUCUUGAUGCCGAAAAUAUGUGCCUUAGGGAAGCAUUUCAGCAGCUGAAGUCAGAGGUAAUUUGGCCAGAGGUUUCAGAUAUUGUGAGGGCGACAGGAUCAAUGGCCUGUAGUCAGGAAAGCACCUUGGAGGCUGGGAACUCCAAGGCUGAAAGCUUGUCUGCAUUGAGUGGCUCCCAGUCAAAGGAAGAAGACGAUGAGGACAGUCCAGAGUUUGCAAGAAGAACUCGAGAAGAAGCAAAUGGCAGGGUCGAUGCUUCCUAUUUCGACUCAUACAGCUGUUUUGAGAUACACAAGGCAAUGCUAUCAGAUCAGGUGAGGACAAAGGCAUAUCAAAAUGCAUUGCAAAAAAAUUCAUCUUUGGUGAAAGGCAAGGUGGUCUUGGAUGUUGGCUGUGGUACAGGAAUACUGUCCCUAUUUGCAUGCAGAGCAGGGGCUGCACAAGUCAUUGCAGUGGAUGGGAGCACAUGGGCAGUGGACAUAUCACGCAAGGCUGCUGCAAAAAAUGGAUACAUGGGUGAUUCACCAUCGGCGACAAUGAAAGUAUUGUCUGGCAAGCUGGAGAAUUUGCCUGUAAUGGAGGUGGAUGUGAUCAUCAGCGAAUGGAUGGGCUAUGGAUUGUUGUUCGAGUCCAUGCUGGACACUGUGCUGUGGGCACGGGAUCGCUGGCUGAAGCCUGGAGGGGCCCUGCUGCCAGACCGGGCUUCUUUAUUCCUUGCUGGUACAACAAAAGAAGGCACUGGGCUGGAUUUCUGGGAGGAUGUCUACGGCUUUGACAUGAGUGCAGUUGCGGAUGACAUACGCCAGAAGGCUAGGGGCAAGGUGAUGCAGGAACAGGCAAAGGCAGACAGCAUCAUGACAGAAAGUGUGAAAAUCAUGGAUUUCGACCUCAUGACCAUGUCCAUAAGCGACGUGGAAUUCACUACAGACUUCAGGUUGCCAUGCAUUCUCACAGAAGCAAGUGAAAUGGAGGACCAAGGACUCACUGAAUGCCACGCACUGGCUCUAUGGUUUGAUGUGGACUUUUCGUCUCGUUUCUGCAGUGACUGUCCAGUGAAUCUGACAACAUCCCCAAUGACUGACCCCACUCACUGGGGCCAAUCUAUCCUGUUGCUUAAGGACCCAAUCAAGGCAAAAUGGAUUUCUGGACGCAUCAGCAUGGUGCGCAGCGAUGUGCAUCGUGGCCUUGAUAUUUCCCUAGAAUACUGGCCAGAGUGGGAAGGUAAAAAAGGGCACAAAGAAACUGCAAUUUAUAGCGUAUGA